CCGGGCCUGAGCGAGCUUGGAGGCGACCGGAGGGAGCCCCAGACGCCAUGUACCGGCUCCUGUCAGCGGCGACGGCGGGGGCCUCGGCCACUGGAGGCCGGGCCCAGUGCUGCGGGCGGCGCGGGACUCACCGGUGGGCUGGGCUGCCACCACUCAGCCACGGCUGGGUCGGGGGCCUGGGGCUGGGCCUGGGGCUGGCGUUGGGGGCGAAGCUGGCGGGCGCGCUGAAGGGCGCCGUCCCCGUUCCGCCUCCCGUGGACCCGGAGACGCCCCCUCAAGCCGAGUCCCCGCUGGAGCCGCCCUUAGCCACCGGGUGUCCGCAGGCCCGGGCCCCGCCCCCCUCCAGGUGCUUCGCCAAGGCCAUUGCCAGCAGCCGCGACCUGCUACACAGGAUCAAGGAUGAGGUGGGUGCACCAGGCAUAGUGGUUGGAGUUUCUGUAGAUGGAAAAGAAGUCUGGUCAGAAGGCUUAGGUUAUGCAGAUGUGGAGAACCGUGUGCCUUGUAAACCAGAGACAGUCAUGAGAAUUGCCAGCAUCAGCAAAAGCCUCACCAUGGUUGCUCUGGCCAAAUUGUGGGAGGCUGGGAAGCUGGAUCUUGAUGUUCCAGUACAGCACUAUGUCCCUGAGUUCCCAGAGAAAGAAUAUGAAGGUGAAAAGGUUUCUGUCACAACAAGAUUACUGAUUUCCCAUUUAAGUGGGAUCCGUCACUAUGAAAAGGACAUUAAAAAGGUGAAGGAAGAGAAAGCUUAUAAAGCCUUGAAGAUGUUGAGAGAGACCAUGUCAUCCGACCAAGAAAAAGACUUGAAGGGAAAAGGAGAGAAAAAUAAUGAAAAGCAAGACUGUGCUAAGACUAAAACUGAGCAGGAUAAUGAAGCCAAAUACCGGAAUGCAAAACCUUGCAAGAAAAAAAAUGAUUUUGAACAAGGCGAAUUAUAUUUGAAGGAAAAGUUUGAAAAUUCAAUUGAAUCCCUAAGAUUAUUUAAAAACGAUCCUUUAUUCUUUAAACCUGGUAGUCAGUUUUUGUAUUCAACUUUUGGCUAUACCCUCCUGGCAGCCAUAGUAGAAAGAGCUUCAGGAUAUAAAUAUUUGGACUAUAUGCAGAAAAUAUUCCAUGACUUGGAUAUGCUGACAACUGUGCAAGAAGAAAAUGAGCCUGUGAUUUACAAUAGAGCAAGAUUUUAUGUUUACAAUAAGAAGAGACGUCUUAUCAACACGCCUUACGUGGAUAACUCCUAUAAGUGGGCUGGUGGUGGAUUUCUGUCCACAGUGGGUGACAUGCUAAAAUUUGGGAAUGCAAUGCUGUACGGUUACCAGGUCAGGCUGUUUAAGAACACCAAUGAAAACCUCUUACCUGGAUAUCUCAAGCCAGAAACAAUGGUUAUGAUGUGGACACCAGUCCCUAACACAGAAAUGUCUUGGGAUAAAGAGGGUCAAUAUGCAAUGGCAUGGGGCGUUGUGGAGAAGAAGCAGACAUAUGGCUCUUGUAGAAAGCAGCGGCAUUAUGCCUCACAUACUGGCGGUGCAGUGGGGGCCAGCAGCGUCCUCCUGAUCCUGCCUGAAGAACUGGAUACGGAGGCCUUGAGUGACAAGGUUCCCCCACGAGGGGUGAUUGUUUCUAUCAUCUGUAACAUGCAGUCUGUUGGCCUAAACAGCACGGCCCUGAAGAUUGCCCUGGAAUUUGAUAAAGACCGAUUUGACUGUUAACAAACACUGACCUUCCAAGAUACAUGGAAUUCUUAAGUUUUUAAUAGAGUAAAAUACUGAGAAUUAUGUACUUCUAAUUGCUUAAUUGUGUAACUAUUUUAGAAUGAGUUCUUUACACUCAGGGAAGUAACCUAUUAUUUCUACUUUUUUCAAAGUGUAAGCUCUUGAAAUAAAAUAUUCUGAUAGAAAUG